AUGACGAAGAAGGUUUUGGUCACUGGGGGGACAGGCCUUUACGGCAAGGCCAUCGAGGCGGUCAUCAAGGAGGACGAGGCCGCCAAAGACGAGGAGUGGGUGUUCCUCUCGUCGAAGGAUGGGGACCUCGUAGACAGGAAGGCCGUGGAGGCAAUUUUCGAGAAGCACAAGCCGACACACGUGAUUCACCUGGCCGCCAAGGUGGGCGGCCUGUUCCACAACAUGCGGAAGAAAGUGGAUUUCUAUCGCGACAACACCCUGAUCAACGACAACGUCAUGGAAUGCUGUCGCAUUUACGGCGUGAAGAAACUAGUGUCUUGCUUAUCGACCUGCAUAUUUCCCGACAAGACGUCCUACCCGAUUGACGAGACUAUGCUGCACAACGGCGCGCCACACACCUCAAACUUGGGAUACUCGUGUGCGAAGCGCAUGGUGGACGUCCUCAACCACUGUUACAAGGAUCAGUACGAUCUCAACUACACCUCCGUAAUCCCCACCAACAUUUACGGUGAGUUCGACAACUACUCCAUUGAUGAUGGCCACGUUAUCCCAGGGCUGAUUCACAAGUGCUACAUUGCCAAGCGAGACGGCACCGACUUAACCAUUUGGGGUAGUGGCUCCCCGCUGCGGCAGUUCAUAUACUCGAAGGACCUUGCGUGGCUGACAGUGUGGACGCUACGAAACUACGACUCCGUCGAGCCGAUCAUCCUUAGCGUCGACGAGGAAGCCGAGGUGUCGAUCAAGUUUGUGGCUGAGGCGAUUGCGAAGGCGAUGGACUUUCAGGGCAAGGUGGUCUGCGAUACCUCGAAGGCUGAUGGUCAGCACAAGAAGACCGCCAGCAACAAGAAGCUCCGUUCCUUCCUCCCAGACCACAAAUUCACGCCCUUCGAGGAGGGCAUCAAGAAGUCCGUCGACUGGUUCGUUGCCAACUACGAGACGUGCCGCAAGUGA